ACAAGGUCAGGUACAGGUCCAAAAAAUGAGAACCGAUUAUAAUAGAGUCGGGUACAGGAGUUCAAAUCUAGAAUCUACCCACCCUAGACCUGAUCACCCUUAUUUGGAACAGUUCAAAACAGUGCUAAAUCUUUUAUAUUUAAAGACCCUCGCUACUCUCUUUUAGUUCUCACUCCCAUAGCUAGCCUCUUUCUCAGACUCUUCAUCUCUCGACUUUCCCCGGCAGUGUCCUUGAUCUCACUAUUCUUGGAGUCUUUGCCCAUGCCAUCUCAUCUAAUCUCUCUCUUGAUCUUGCCGACACCAUCUCCUGUCCUCCUCUCUUGAUCUGGCCAGUUUCCUCUCUUGAUCUGGCCAGUUGGGGCCUCGCCUUUGUUGGUUGGCCGUCAAUCAGCCCACUAUUAGCCAGGACUAAAAUCUUCUCAAUCCCAUAGAGAAAGAGAACAAAUAUGGCAGAAGCUAUCACCAGCAUUGGUGGAAGCAUCCUUGCCAAUCUGAUUAUUCAAGCACUGGAGAAGGUUGGAAAUUUAGGAGGCGUCAAGCGUGAACUUCAGGUGCUCGAGAGCACCGUCACCAUGCUUCAUUUGGUGCUGGACGAUGCAGAAGAGCAACAACACCAGAGUUCCCAAAUCAAAGAUUGGGUGGAGAAACUAAAAGAGGCUUUUUAUGACUUGCAGGACGUGCUUGAAGAAUUUAAUAUAGAAGCUAUGCGAUGAGAACUGAGGGGCAACAAUCAGAUGAUCAAGGUGGUAAAAACAUUUUUCUCAAGUUCAAACCAGCUUGCCUUUGAACUGAAGAUGAGUAGAAAAAUAAGAGAAGUGAGGGAGAGAUUGAAAGCUAUUGAGGCUGAAAAGAACUUCCUCUUGGACAAGGGACCUAUGAAUUCACAAGCACAGAGAGGGCGGAGGAAGAGAGAGGAGACACAUUCGUUUAUACGUGAGGAAGACAUUAUUGGAAGAGGUAAUGAUAAAAAGAAUGUCAUGAAAUUCUUACUGGAUAUGGAUGUGAAAGAGGACGUUUCUAUCCUUCCAAUAGUUGGUAUUGGUGGGCUUGGAAAAACAGCUCUUGCUAAAUUUGUGUAUAAUGAUGAGAUGAUCAGUAAACAUUUUGACUUGAAAAUGUGGGUUUGUGUCUCUAAUGACUUUGACAUGAUAAAAAUAGUGAAAGAUAUCAUAGUUUGUGUGGAGAAGAAAGAACCAAACUACAAUGUGAUGGAUAGGUUGCAAAUUGAAUUGAGGAAAAUAAUUGAUGGAAAGAGAUAUCUCUUAGUUUUGGAUGAUUUGUGGGAUGCAAAAUCAGAAACAUGGCACAACUUGAAAUCAUUAUUGAUGGGAGGUGCUAGAGGAAGCAAGAUCCUUAUAACUACACGCCUUUCUUUGGUUGCAAAGAUCACCUCCCUUGCUCCACCUCAUCUUCUUGAGGGCUUAUCUGAAAGUAAUUCUCUUGAUUUGUUAAUGCGAAUGGCUGUUCCAAAAGAAGGGGGUACACAAGAUCUCGACAUGCUAGCUAUUGGUGAAGAGAUAGUUAGAAAGUGCUUUGGGGUUCCAUUGGUCAUUCGAACAAUGGGGGGUUUACUAUUCCAUAAGGAAACUAAAGAUGAAUGGUUACAUUUUAAAGAUUAUGAGCUCCCAGAAGUGUCUCAAAGGAAAGACCAAAUAAUAUCUAUUCUCAGGCUAAGUUAUGACAAUCUUCCUUCGCAUUUGAAACAAUGUUUCGCCAUUUGUUCAUUGUUUCCCAAAGAUUAUGAGAUAAAGAAGCAUACUUUAGUUAGUCUUUGGAUGGCAGAAGGAUUUAUCCAGCCAUCAAAUUCAAGUAAGCAUUUAGAGGACAUUGCUCAUGAAUAUUUUAUGGAUCUACUUUGGAGUAAUUUCUUCCAAGAUUUUAAAAAAAACCCAUACACGAAUGAGGCAACUUGCAAGAUGCAUGAUUUGAUGCAUGAUCUAGCAUGCUCGGUUGCAGGGAACAAGUGUUGGGCGGCAAGGGAUGACACAAAUCAAAUAAAUGAAAGAACUCGUCAUAUAUCCUAUGGUUCAACUUUCAAUUUGAUGGGUAAACUUCCAAUCUCACGUUUGAAACCAAGUGUAUUGAGAACAUUUUUGUCUACUACUAGAGGUUGGAAAGAAAUCAAAGAGAACCAAGUGAAGUGGAUCUAA